AUGCCUUACCUCCCCACCUCCCAGGCUUUCCUGGAGCAGUCCGCUCAGCUUCUAGAGGCAUACCCCGAUACAACCCGGAUAACAACAAAAUACCACUUCCCCACCGAAACCCCCGGCGCCCGCGCCAAACGCUCAAAAUCACAAGCCAAAAAGGCCGCUACAACCUCCCCAGACACCCAACCCGCCUCAACACAACCCCAAGCUACCGGCCCCAUCGCCGCUCUCACCCUCAAAACCUACAAUCCCACCACGGGCAUCGUCCUGCAGUACCAGACGAACAAGAUCGCCGAGGUUAGCCGGUUGAUUACGAGUUUGGGCAAGUUGGCGGCUGGUGCGGACGUCGCGAGUCUGGGGUUGUCGGGGGCUGGUGGCGCUGGGGGUGAUGUGGAGAUGGUUGAUGCGCCGCCGGUCGAGGAGGGUGUUUCUGGUGCGUCUGCGUCUGGUGUGAAUGGGAAGGGGCAGGGUCAGGGCCAGGGCCAGCAGGGUCAGAGUGGGAAGGGGAAGAAGAAGGGUGGGAAAGGAAAGCGAUAG